CACAAUCCUAAAAAUGCGACCUGUGGACCGAAGAGUUCUAAAAUGCACUCCACAGCUGCCUUCUAUCUGUAGCAGUGUGAAGACAAAAUCAAUCAGCUUCAGGUUGCAUUUCCUAAAAUGAUAUCAUCAAGAUCAAAUUUCUCAUCAAUCAAGUUUAAGGCAAACCAGACUUAAAUUACUUAACUUGUUCAUGACUAGGCUUGGAAAAAUUAGAUUUUUAUUGGAAUCUUGCUAUACACUAAUGCAGUUUUCAAGCUCUGAGUCUUGCCCUAGUUUAUCAGAAACCAAAGCAUAUUCCCUGACCAAACAUUAAAGGUGGGUAAACAUGGACCAGUACCACCUCAGUGAUGAAAACUUCAUCCAAUCAGAGAUGCAUAUUCCUGGAUUUUCAGAGAGUCAAGGGCUGAACUGUAGUGACACUCUCAACCUUAAACUGUGUCCAGAUACAAGAGACAUAAUGUAUACUGGCCUAAGCAGCCUAGAUAUGGAUCCUAGCCUUUCAGAUGCAGAUAUGGCUAAUGACACUUUGGAGGACAAUUUAGAUGCACUGUCUUUGUAUUCUGUGAAGGACUGUGAUUUUGUUAAACUCCUUGAUGAGUCUGACUUUGGCUCACAGCCUUCUUUGUGUGAAUUGGGGCUUCCUGUCACAGCAGCACCUAAAGAAGUUGAACAAGAAGGCAAGUCCAAUUCUGGUAGUGCCAGGAAAGGGAAGCAUCAGUACAGCUCUCCUCAAAAUCCUGUUCUGGAUUGCAGUCUCUGUGGGAAGGUGUUCAGCAGUGCCAGCUCUCUUAGCAAACAUAACCUGACUCACAGCCAGGAACGGAAAUACAUCUGUAAAAUCUGCAGCAAGGCUUUUAAACGGCAGGACCAUCUGAGUGGACACAUGCUAACACAUCAGAAAACAAAACCAUUUAUGUGUAUAGAACAGGGUUGCAAUAAGAGUUACUGUGACCAUCGGUCGUUGCUUCGACAUUAUGAAAUGCAACACGGCUUGUCUAUCUUGAAAGAGGCCACCUGUGAUGAAGAUGCCUGUAAGGUCUCAUCACCUUCUCAUGAUGCAUUUGUCCAAAGAGGACAAGGUAGUUUGAGAAUGGAGAGGCUGGCUGUUCACUCUGAAUCCAAAUCUCCAAAUCCUGUCCUGCCCAACAGAGACCUACUGAAAUGUAUUGUUAGCAGCAUUGUAAAUCAGAAGCUUCCAUCAACUCCAGCAUCGUCUGCAGAGGACUUGAAAGGUUCACUGCAGUCUUGCUCCUCUGCAGCUGAUCAGGUUUCUUGCAUCCCAUCUAGCACGACUGCACUAUUUGAAGCUACAAGUGACAAAACGGUGAAGGAGCAUUAUCCUUGCCAAAAGAAUGCCACCUCUUCUAAUGUGUAUGCCAUAAUAAAUCCUGGUAAUUUAUCUGUGAUCACACCAGGAGAAAACAUAGUUACCAGUUUGACUGAUACAUCCCUGCUUUCAGAAUCACAGUUUCCUUUAGAGACUACAGGGCUGGAUUAUUGGCCAAACAGCACUUUACCUUGUUUUCCAUUAUUCAGAGGUCAGAAGAUUUCUGCAAACUCCUCCCAUCAGUCAAGCAGUAAUUUUCAGUGGAUCAGAAACAUGCCAGUUUGUACUAAAAGCAAAGGGAAUAGUGUUUAUAUUAAUCACAGUCCAUCUGUUGCAGCUCAGAAUAUUUCAGGUGUGUUUCCUGGACCUUCUCACGCGUUCAACUCUUUUGCACAGAUGUAUGAGUGUCCAGAUGCUGUGUCAUUUGCACUUUUGAAGACCCAAGGGGAAAUCUCAGGUGAAACAAAGCUCAGCAGUUUUGAAGAAGCCUUUAGGCCAACAAAAAGACAAGAAUGUGACAUUGAUUCUUGUCACUGGCAGAACAUUCAGAAGCAUAGUGUGUUACAGAAUGAUGCUAACCCACACUUCAGGCAGCUUUUCAUGGAAUCCUCAGUGAACCAGGAGCAUAUGCAAGUGCAGCAGCACCUGCUCCAAAUGUUCACCAAAUCUCAACACAUUUUGUCCCACACCCAGGUGGUGGCUCCAACACAGAAAGCAACUUCUGAGGUGAAACAGCCUGUAGAAAAACCACUCCAAAAUGUAUUGCAACAGCAGCAGCAGCAGGCUGACGUGAUUCGCUCUCGUCUAGAGCACACAAAACGUGAAGGGUCUCCCGUGUAUAUGCAAAAGACUUUGACCCAGUAUCAGAAGGAUAUGUUAUCUGUUAGUGAGGAACAAAGCCAAAUAGGAAGGCAGCAAGCAGCAGUUACUUUGCAGUCUUCUCAGUCCCUGUCUGACCCUUUCAUAAAUUCAGACUCUGUUUACUCUGCCAAACAGACUAGACCCUUGAAAGGGUGUGUGGGAUUCAAAGAUAUUGACAACCCAAGCCAACCCCAGAAUGCAUUAUGUGAUAAAGCCCUGGGAAACUCUACUUAUGGGAAAUCACGUCAGCGAGAAAAUCACACUUCUGUAUAUAGCAACAAAGAGAAGAAUGAAGGAUAUUGCAAAGGAACAAGUGGAAAACUACAUUCCAGCAGUGGUAGGCCUCGCCGCUUGUCCAGUGUCCGAAAAGAGAAGCUAAAGUUUGACCUGUCUUGCACAGCUUCUCCAAGUCAAGUGGCCAUGGCUUCCUUUUCAUUACUUGGAACUUCACCAAGUCAUGUGACUGAAAAGAAACACAAACUAACAAUUUUUAAUAGGAUUCAGGGUGGAAAUAUCUACAGCCUUACUAAUGCAGUGAGGGGAAACUUGUCAGUUGGAUGUAAUAACACCAGUGGUGUUCCUGCAGUUGGGAACAAAUAUGCAAGUGGUUUCGUUUGCAAGACCUGCGGUCAGCUGUUCUAUACUGAGAAAGGUUUAAACAGCCAUAUGUGUUUCCAAAGUGAACAAUGGCAUUCACCACCAGGGAAAAUGGAACAGCAGGUGUACAAUACAGAAAACUUAAACCCUCAGAAAUUGUCACUCAAGCCAAUAGGAGAUGGAAACACUCCAUCAGAAAUUAAGAAACCUCUAGAAGAUGUAACAGUGGCUCCUCUUGUGAUCCCAGUCUCUGUACCUGUGACAGCUAUGAACCAACAGACCAGGAACAAAGUUAAUGAAAAGGAAAGCCAGGAUGAGAAGGACCUCAGGAAAAGUUUGCCCCAAAAAAAGAGAAAGAGACAGACUCAUCCCAAAUCACUCUUUAUCCCACUUCCACCUCCCUUGUGUGCUGAGAUGCAGCCAGCCAUGAUGGGAGAAUGCCAUGAGAGUAAUCUUCGAUCACCUGUCUACAUGGUUGACCACCUCCUGAGAGACUUAUUCCAAAACUCUCCAUAUACCCCACCUCCUAUGCUCAGCCCAAUACGGGAAGGAUCAGGGCUUUAUUUCAACACUCUUUGUUCUUCCUCUACUAACGCUGGUCCCAACAAGUUGUACAGUACCAUUCUAGGCAGAAUGGAUGGAGACUUUGGAUUCUGUCUUGAAGAUAACACCAAAAUCAGCAUAAAGCCACACAUUAACAUUGGAAACCGGUUUCAGGCAGAGAUACCAAACCUCCAGGAUAGAGCAUUUUUAGAAAAUGAUGAACAUGCAGCAUCGUUAGUGUAACCCUGGGGAGACAUUGCAACCAACCAGGAAACACAGGACAGAGUAACAGGACUACUAAAUGUGGCCUGCUCCAGUGCGAUGCCAGGGGGAGGGACCAAUCUAGAACUAGCCCUGCAUUGUCUGCAUGAAGCACAAGGCAAUAUUCUGGAGGCCCUAGAGAUGCUGCUGUUUAGAGGACCUCAGAAAGCUCCAUCCCACCCUCUUGCUGACUAUCGUUAUGCAGGUUCAGAUGUUUGGACGCCUGUUGAGAAGCAGUUGUUUAAAAAGGCUUUUUGCCUAUAUAAGAAGGAUUUUUACCUGAUACAGAAGAAGAUUCAGACUAAGAAUGUGUCCCAGUGUGUUGACUAUUACUAUAUCUGGAAAAAAAUAAUAAAAUUUGACUUCAGUCGACCAAAAAUUGCAUGCAGCCCAAAGAAAAUGCAUGGUUAUCUGCCUAGACAAGACAUGAAGAUAAAGUCAAAGAAUUACAAAAAAGCAUCACACAAGACAUACAGUCCAGCCUGCAGUCAGAGGGGAACUCCAGACCAGCCUGGGAGCACAGACUAUCAGGGUGCAUUUCCAUGUAAAGAGUGUGAAAGGGUGUUCGACAAGAUAAAAAGUCGGAAUGCUCAUAUGAAAUGCCACCGUGUGCAGGAGCAGAUGGAGCCACUGAUAAAUAUUAAGUGGCCCAUAAAACAUUAAAAAAUGAGCCAAAGAUGAAAGAAACAAACUCAGAUGUUGACCUUCUCCAAUGGUAACUGGGAAACCACGCAGGGUAUCAGUGGUGGUAGUCUUGUCUAAGCUUGGAAAAUACAUAAAUGUUUUUUAGCAUCUGAUCAGUUGCUGAUCAGCUCUGUGCAGGGUUAGUUGACAUGACAGUGUGCCCAGCCCGCACUUCAGCUUAUACCAUUGUUGGCACUGCAGAAAACCUCACUGUUUUUUCCUCGUGCAGAACGCACCUGUGAGGCUGGACAGAAACCUCCACUGAAGGUACUGAAGGAGAGUUGUAACUGUUUGUAUAUGGUAGGAUGCACAAACCUAUUUUGGAUGUUUUUAGCAUUUAGCACCAAUCUAACAUUGUAGGCAUCAAGUUUAACUAUAAAGAAACAUAAGGCAUUAAAUGCUCUUUACUUACAUUAACACAGCAAGGACGUGUGUGUUAAUUAAGUAUGCAUGCCUGUCAUUAAAUUACAAUUAUGCAUGGUUGAAAAAAUAUAUAGUUGUUAAUAACUGUAAAAUAGCUGUGUACAAUAUGAGCGGCUCUGUACUUCUGCUUUAGUUUACUUAAAAAAAGCCCUCUUGCCUCCAUUUAAAAUAAAAGUGGAUGUGGAUAGCCUUGUUUCUUACAAUCAGUUUAUGGGUUCAGUUGCUGUUGUUAGAAAGGUCAAAAUAGGAAAAUCAAUGAGAAUUGCUGUUGUAUUUAUAUCUUUUUUGCCGAAACGUGAUGGUCAUGCCCUGCAUUUCAGAUUGAAUAUGUAGCCCUGUGAUGAUCUGUGCAUUGUUAUUUUGUAUGUGCUCUCUGCAUAGCUUAUUAAAUUGGGUUCUUGAGCUCGAGUUGUAAAAGU